AUGUCGGAUAAUAUUGGUGACGAGAUUUCUUCACGAUCAAUCCGCCAAUAUGACACCUCGGAAGACUCAAAUACCCCAAGGCUGGAUAGGAUGUUCAGCAAAUUGCAACUUGAAAGAACCAGCACCUCGAGCACAACAGGCCCGGAUACCAAGAACACUCUAAAAAGGCUUCUAUCAAACCAGUCUGGGAUAUCCACUGCAUCCUCCUAUGCCGAAUUCCAGAGUGCUUCAGCAGGCCAGGCGAGACCCUUCAGAGAGAUCGGAAGGGGGUCAAUUGGAAAAAUUUACGAGCAACCAGGAACAACAUGGGCAUUUAAACUUCUGCUCAUCGAUCGAAGUGAUAAAUUGUGGAACAACUAUGUCAUGCAUCUUCGGGUUCAAAACAGCUUUGACCAGCUCGGCAGCAUCGGUGGACGUGUGGAGCUACCGCGUGUUGCAUGGUUUGCAAAUAAGACAUCAGAAUUUUGGAACGACAAUCUUCAUUUGUUCCCAGACGAGCCGACUUUCAGGCGUGAACCUCGCGAUGUUCUCUGCAUGGAACGAAUUCUCCCAUUACCAGAACCAGUUCAAAGCGCCAUGAUUGGAGCUUACUGCCCACCCCAUAACAUCGAGAACGCGAAAAGAGACCCAAAAAAACAAAGACUGCCUUAUCAUGGUUUUCUUGGGAAGAAAUAG